AGGGCCUUGGUUUCCGCUCCCACCUGGACUUUUUUCCUUUGCUCACCAACAUCCAAUCAGCUAGUUUGUACCGUCUGGCAUAGACAUACAUACGUACAUACAUACAUACACAUACAUAUACACAAGAGUCUUGGUCACCACCUGCAGCCCACCACCCUUCUUCGUCCCACAUGUCGCCCCAGAGAUCAGACUCAAUGGAGGCCCAAGAUAACAUCCGAAAGCGAGUAUGCAAGGCGUGCGAUCGCUGCCGUCUAAAAAAAUCAAAGUGCGAUGGAGCGAGCCCUUGCAGUCGCUGCAAAGCCGACAACGCAAUCUGCGUCUUUGGCGAGCGAAAGAAGUCUCAGGACAAAGUAUAUCCCAAGGGUUACGUCGAGAUGCUCGAGCAGCAGCAAAGCCAACUAGUUGCUGGUCUACGCGAACUUUAUAGCCGCCUACAGCGAGGCGAAAGCUGGCCAGGCCAACCGCUGCAAGAAACAGCAGCCGGCCAUCCCCUCACCCACGACAUUUUGGAACGCCUGGAUCUUCUACAUGCCCCCAGCGACAGCAGCACCCACUACGAAGGAUUCGAGGAAGACUGCAAUCGCAUGCAGCAAAGACUAAUCGAAGGAGGCGCUCCAUACGCCCAGAGGCGGACUUCAGUCAGCUCAGAAUCCGACCACGGCCACGCUUCGUCAAACUCGUCAUACAACGGCACCCCCACAACAAGGUCCUUUGCCUACGAAAGCCCCUUUGCCCGAAACAACGCACCGCCAACCCCACCCAUGAACAGCCCGUUCCCCCGACAGUCGCAGGUAGUUUCGCCAGUCAAGCAAGAGCCGGUAAUGGCCUCGCCACCGUUCAUGGGCAGUGGUGUCAUGGACCCCUCUGCACUGUCGCGAGCACCCUGGAUGAACGACUCGAUGAUGCUGGAUGACACGGUCGACUUCAAGCCCAUGUAUGGAUUCGACAGCUUCCCCGCCUACGACCAAAACAUGAUGAUAGAGAGCGUCGCCAUAAGCCCAAACGACCCAAUGAUGCCCGACUGGAAUCCACACAAUGAGUUGGAUUUCAGCAGCUUCAUCCAGAACUCCGUUGGCGCAUAGCCAUUGGUCCGGACAUAACUCCACUGCUCUCGUUCCAUCUCCUUGUUUAGCGUUCAAGCGUUCUGGGAUACCUCCUGUUUCUUUACGGCGUUUGGGUUUGCUCAUAGCUGUCGGCGUCCAAUAUGUCGGCGUAUAAUGAUCUGCCGGGACAUUUACUCGUUUAAUGUACACUCUGGUCAAAGUCUCACCUGUUUCACGACGACGUGAACCGCUGUGCCGGGCACAGCUGCAUGCCUCCGCGGCGGAUUGGCAACUGUUCCCUGACAAUGGGCGCAACAAAGGGCGCCUUUGCGAGUACACUGUGGUUUACCUGUAUAUGAUAUUGUAAAUAUUAAAACUCGCUAUCUGUUCUUUUUUUCAAACCCUUAUGACAUUGCAUGUUGGGAAAUUGAGUGUGCGCGCGCUUGAAAUGUCGAUUACUAAUGAU